ACUGUCUGCCCGGUUUACUCUGCACCGGAAGAUCGUAGUUGGAACACAGAUAGUAAACAGGCUGCUUAAAUAACCUUGCGCUAUUGAAAAUGGACACUAUGGAAGUCUUACAACAGGCUAAAGCCUUGGCAAAUGCCAUGACCGUGUAUCAAGAAACAUUACCUCCGGAUCUCACAGCUGAACUAGAAUGUCCGGCUAGUGCCAAGGAGGAGUUGUUCAAUGAGUGUGAAGAGAAAUGGAAAGAAAUUGAAGAGCUACAGAGCAAAUUAGCUCUUAUAGAAACAGAAGCCUGUGCAGAUCCAGAUCUUAAGACUAGCUAUCGGCAUAAAGGUAUAAUGGCAGAGCUCCACCACUUAGAAGAAAAAGAUCCAGACUUGAUAUCUGAAAACAGUGAUGUGCUGGCAGCAUUUGGCAUGGAUGAGUUACAGAGAGUGAAUAGAGAACUUGAAAUGGUACUGUCUUCUUGUCAGGCUCAAAAUGAAAACUUAAAGAAAACUCUUAACAGAGAACAGGAGUGGCUACAAGAGCAGCAGGAAUUGGGCCAGGUUAUUGCUGAGCGUGCAGCUAAGGUUAAAAGUAUAUUACAAGAUUACUCAGAGGCAAGAGCUUUUCAAGAUAUGAAAGUAAAGAUCCAGCAAGUUAAAACCUAUCAAGAAAAGCUGCUCGACAGCAUGGGCACCUUCCUCGCACAGCACUUUCCAUUACCACAGCAUCAAAAUCAUCCAAGUAAAAACAGCAAGAUGUCUGUAGAUGUCCAUGAAAAUUUGAUAUCUUUACAUGAGAUUCUAGAGACUCUUAUGAAUAAAAUCCUCGAAAUGCCUCAUGACCCAUAUAUUACUAUUGACGACACUUUUUGGCCUCCAUAUAUUGAGAUGCUGCUUCGAUUUGGAAUUGCGCUAAGACACCCUGAAAACCCAAACAAAAUUCGCAUGGAAGCUUUUCACCAGUAAAAGAUAUUUCUUUCCUAUCCAUUUUUUUUUACACAUUCUGCGUGAAUAUGUUGUCUUGUUUGUGUACAAAAAUAAAAAGUGUCAUGCAGUUAAGCAAAGUCAACUCCUGCCUUGCACUUAGUACCCUAUGGCCAGUUUUUCUCACAAAAUGGUUAAGGAUAUGGAGAAAUUGAUCUGCAAAGAAGAAGACCGUUUUUAAGUGCAAACCCGCAUCAUCAGUGUGAGCAUCUAGCAACCCAAAUAAUGCACAAUGCAGCAAAGGUACAUUUAAACAAGAACUAACAAAUGUACUAACUUGGCUACACAGAAGUGGUGUCAACGGUGCUAUUGGUUAUUUAUUCCUCAAGAUUGUGAAGGGCUUUAAUCGACACCUUUCCAUUCAGUCCAAAGGUGCUGUGGUUGUGUUGACAGGCAGCUUUGUAGGUUUAAAAGUACAAGAUGUUAAUGAACUUGGGUAGUCUGGAAAAAGGAUUUUCAUAAAAUGUGAUGGAGACAAAAUUUUUAUGACUUGGCCCGAUGUAAAAUGUUAUUUUCACUUUUAUCAUGAAGCACCAGCUUUUACAUAACAGUAGCUGACGGCAUUACUUUGAGAGACAGCGGCAGCCGUCUCUGUGUUUCAUCUUUAUAUCACGUCUGAUGACCUAGAAUUCUGAAACAUGUUUUGAUAACUUUGUGGCAUGUUUAAUUCUUCACUUUAUUACUCUCUUGCUUUGUUGAUAAUAUUGUUCAUUCAUCUGUUUUCAUUCAUUUGAGUGUCAGGGGUCUCUGGAGCCUACACUGGCAGCUUCAGGUGUAAGGCAGGAACCAACUCUAGACGGGGUGCCAGUUGAUUAAGCUGCUUGUAUGUACCAGUGCGUACAUGCAAUGUGCCCACUACUCCAAAAUAUUUUGUAAUAAUGUAAAACACAAAUCAUGUUCUGCGGCGGGCUGGCGCCCUGGCCGGGAUUUGUUCCUGCCUUGCGCCCUGUGUUGGCUGGGAUUGGCUCCAGCAGGCCCCCUUCACCCUGUGUUAGGAUAUAGCGGGUUGGACAAUGACUGACAAAUCAUGUUGAUUAAGAAACUGAUUUUUUUUGGCAAACAGUUCUUUGAGAAUAUGCUUCAGUACUCUAGGAACUUGUGAUGGAAUAAGUGGGUUCAGAAAAUGGAUGAGUGAGAAACAGAAACUAUAAAGUGAUGCAUAAAAACUGGUCAUAAAGGCUAGUGUAAUGAGCAACGUUUUAAAAGCUAAAAUAUUGCCAAAAUUUCCUUUUUUUUCCAUCUUCGUAAUAUGGCAAGACUCUGACCAUUUCUGGCACUAACUGCUGCUGAAAAGCUUCCUCAUGGCUCUCAUUUAGAUUAUUUAAUGUGCUUCUGUUUGGUCUGCUAGUAAAUUCUCUUAAGAAGCUCCAGUGAGUGUGCUGCUCACAUUCUUACUGGUAUAUCACUGAAGCGUCUUACCCCCUCUGUAAGCUCUCGUUCUUCAACACCCUACUUUGUAAACUCAAAUGUAUUAAAGGCAGGCAGGCAGUCCAUGGCACGACUCUUCAUUUCAUCCGUGCUCUUGUCAAACCCUACGUUCCCUCAUGCAUUCUCACUCCUGUGGGCCACAAACUGAGAUCCAUGGAGGAGAGAACUUUUUACUUGUGCUCCCCAGCAGCCAUCAGAAACACCCUGAUGCUUGACUGUUUUAAGAAACAAUUCAAGAUAAGUUUGUUUUAUUUAGCUUUUAAGGAUUUUAACAACUUUUAGAAUUGCUUUCGUUUUACUUGGAUUUUUUAUUUGUGCCAUUUUAUGUUGUAUGUUUUGUUUCAAAUUAUUAUCCUGCUUUGUUGUAAAAUAUAUUGUAAUUAGUGUUUAAAUUAACCGCCUUUUUAUAUAUGUACAGUGCUCUGAGCUUAAAUAUGUGAAAAACAUUAUAAAAUGAAUUGUGUUCAAAGUAUCUUAUGGACAAUGACAAGUGUAUUUUUAUUCUAAGAUGUACAUAAUGGUCAUUUUAUAAAGUACAAGCUUGAAUGUAUAGUAACUUACAAUAGUAUUUAAAAAGCUUGUGAAUAUCCUUUCAUUAAAAGUGAUGUUUACGGGU